AUGGAGUCAUCUAAAGAGACAGGUUGUCGAGCUCCAGAAGACCCCGUCCUCUGCAUCAACGACUGUGAUGUUUUCGGUAGUGCAGCUACGAUGACUGCAUUCAACAAAAAUGUCGUAUGCAGAAGCUCAAGCAGCGAUGAAUCAGAACUUGCUCUUGCAGGUGCGGCGGUUGCAUCUGCAGAUUUUGCCUCUCAUAUUUCACAAGUGAACUCAAAAGAAGGUUUGAAAAAGUGCACAGCUUGUCAUAAGCAUGUGGGAUUAACGGGGUUCAGUUGCAAAUGUGGUGAUCUAUUUUACGCAGUUCAUCAUUAUUCAGACAAACACAACUGCCCGUUUGAUUAUAGGAAUGCUGGUCAGAAUGCAAUAGCAAAAGCAAAUCCUAUCAUCGUAGCAGAAAAGCUUAAUAAGAUCUAA